CUCGCAGGCGCGCGCACGGGCGGGCGUCUGGGCUGGGCGCGCGCUCGGCGGUCCCCGCGCGGCAGCCGGAGCGGAGGAGGCAGCGGCCGGGCUGGGAGCCGCCUGCGCGCGGCGGCGGCGAGGGUGGCGGUCGCCGGAGCGGCGGGGGCGCGUGUGAUGCAGCGGCCCGGCCUCGCCGCCCGCUGACGCCGCCCGCCCAGGAGCGAGACGCCGCGGGGCCGUGACCUUGGCGGAGAGGCGGACUCCUGCACCCCAGAGCCGACCCAGUGUGGGGGUGACAUGGCCCAAGGGAACAACUACUACGGGCAGACCAGCAACGGGGUGGCGGACGAGUCCCCCAACAUGCUGGUGUACAGAAAGAUGGAGGACGUCAUAGCACGCAUGCAAGAUGAAAAAAACGGAAUUCCCAUUCGCACUGUCAAAAGCUUCCUUUCCAAGAUCCCUAGCGUCUUCUCUGGGUCAGACAUUGUUCAGUGGUUAAUAAAGAACUUAACGAUAGAAGAUCCAGUGGAGGCCCUCCAUUUGGGAACGUUGAUGGCUGCCCACGGCUACUUCUUCCCAAUCUCAGAUCACGUCCUCACCCUCAAGGAUGAUGGCACCUUUUACCGGUUUCAAACGCCCUACUUCUGGCCGUCCAAUUGCUGGGAGCCGGAAAACACGGACUACGCGGUUUACCUCUGCAAGAGAACGAUGCAGAACAAGGCCCGGCUGGAGCUCGCCGACUAUGAAGCUGAGAGCCUGGCCCGGCUGCAGAGAGCAUUCGCCCGCAAAUGGGAGUUCAUCUUCAUGCAAGCAGAGGCACAGGCAAAAGUGGACAAGAAGAGGGACAAGAUUGAAAGGAAGAUCCUCGACAGCCAGGAGAGGGCCUUCUGGGACGUGCACCGCCCUGUGCCCGGGUGCGUGAACACCACGGAAGUGGACAUCAAGAAGUCGUCCCGAAUGAGAAACCCGCACAAAACCCGGAAGUCUGUCUAUGGUUUACAAAACGACAUUCGAAGUCACAGUCCCACCCACACACCCACGCCAGAAACGAAACCUCCCACAGAAGAUGAGUUACAGGAGCAGAUAAACUAUUGGCAAAUACAGUUAGAUAGACAUCGGUUAAAAAUGUCAAAAGUUGCUGAUAGUCUGCUAAGCUACACGGAACAGUAUUUAGACUACGACCCAUUUUUUGUGCUGCCUGACCCUUCCAACCCAUGGCUGUCUGAUGACACUACUUUCUGGGAACUGGAAGCGAGCAAAGAACCAAGCCAGCAGCGGGUCAAACGGUGGGGGUUUGGAAUGGAUGAAGCGUUGAAAGACCCCGUUGGGAGAGAGCAGUUCCUUAAAUUCCUAGAGUCCGAAUUCAGCUCAGAAAACUUGAGGUUCUGGCUGGCGGUGGAGGACUUGAAGAAAAGGCCCAUCAGGGAAGUCCCCUCUCGGGUGCAGGAAAUAUGGCAAGAAUUCCUGGCUCCGGGAGCCCCCAGUGCCAUCAACUUGGACUCCAAGAGCUACGACAAAACCACGCAGAACGUGAAGGAGCCAGGACGGUACACGUUCGAAGACGCUCAGGAGCACAUUUACAAACUGAUGAAAAGUGAUUCAUACCCACGUUUUAUACGAUCCAGUGCCUACCAGGAGCUUCUACAGGCAAAGAAAAAGUCGGAACCCUCCAUGGAUCGCAGAACAUCUUUUGAGAAAUUUGCACAGAAUGUGGGCAGGAACCUCCCCAUUUUCCCAUGCCAUAAAAACUGUACUCCAACACUGAGAGCCAGCACUAACCUGUUAUGAAAAGAGGGGAAAUCGCUCACGUCAAAGAGGCUAACGAGCCUCGUGCAGUCUAACUGAUAGGACCACCCUGUAGCAUGGAAGCAGACCGAGUGGUUGCCUAUACGUUGUCGCUCUCUGUUGUGACCUGGAGCCGAGAUGUUGCAUGAGCAAAGGACCCGCGUCGUCCUUCCUUCGUGUGCCAUCUCCACGGGACUCCGCCAUCUCCAUGCCUCCAUGUCCAAACGUUGUCAGCCUACUUCCUCCACGUACCAAGCUGGAUCUGUGUCUUUUCCUUUUGAAUCAAGUUCAAGUGACGUACACCUUUUACGCCCUGCCCCCUCCCCCCCCCACCACCACCACCUUUCUUUUUCUUUCCCGUAAAGCUUCAGCUAGACACACAGUUCACUGGCAAUGGAAUCCGUCACAAACCGGAAGAACUGUCCAAGAAGAGCCGCAUCUAUCGAUCAGUAUGCCUACGGCUUCCCAUUCCUUACCAUUUAGCCCGGGAAGGCUCAUUUCACCGAGGUAGUCGCAGAAACAAGCUCCCAUUUCUGUCCGCCGUCUGUACGUUCUCGGUUCCCGUUUCUGCAUUUAUUUUUAUACCGUAUUUAAAUACGAAACACCUCUUAACUCCCAAUGGAUUCAGGCGGAUUCCUGCCCUGUAAAUUUGUGUAUGUUUAUAUCGUCGUUUUAUCUUUCAUUAAAAGAUGCAGAAUCUUG